AUGGAGUUCAAGAAUGACAUUAGAAGCAACAAACCAACUAAUGUGGUUGCAGGAGGCGGAAUCCACCCUUUGACAAAGUACGUGAUGAAUUAUAUUAAGGCCCUCAUAGAUUAUGCUGAGACCCUCGAUGUACUUCUUCAGGACCUAUAUGUCAAUGACUUGAGUCAGGAAUCAAGAGCAAUAGUGGGUUCUUUCCAGAAUUCUACUCCAGUGAUUUGUUAUCUCCUAUCAAUCACAUCUAUUUUUGAGUCCAACCUUGAAGGAUUCAGAACUUCAUUAAGUUCCUUGGAGAUGAAUGGAUCAAGAAGUACAGUGCUGUUGUCAAUAAGAAAUACAAUGAUUUGGUGUACGAGUAGGAAGACUGUUCUUUAUGAGAGCAUCAAAAAGUUCAACCUUGUCUUCGAAGAAAUUUACAAGAGCCAGACAGCUUGGGUGAUACCAAGUGUUCAGCUUCGUGUGGAGCUGAGGAUCUCGUUAUCCCUUAAUGUGCUACAAUACUAUCGAGGACUCGUGCGUUUUUCCCGCUAUCUGGACAAUGUGAGACAAAAGGACAAAUACAUCAAGUAUUCCCCAGAAGAUUUGGAGGAAUUCCUGCAAGAUCUCUUCGAGGGAUGUCCGAAAUCACUGCGUUCCCUUGGGAGGAAAAAAAAUUGA